AUGAAAUCUGCGCGGCUGUUUAGCUUGCUCGCCUGCUUCGCCGUGGGUUUUGCGGGUAGCACCCCCAGGGAUUCCCCAGACGGGCUCACGGUAAAAGCCAUAACCGGAGUUUACACCGGCCUCGUCGACCCCGAGUUCCCCGACGUACGACAAUUCCGCAGCAUCCCGUUCGCCGAACCCCCCAUUGGCAACCGUCGGUGGCUACCACCGGAGCCUGUCAGGCCAUCUCUCCGGCAUUCAUACGCAUACCGCUUCCCGCCGCCCUGCCCACAGUACCUCUACAAGAAUGUGACACUAUGGAACUCCAACAUGACCGACUUUUCCAUCCGCAUACAGGGACAGAACCGCCUUGAGGGGACCAUGGCGCAGACCUCCUCCGAGGACUGCCUGUACGUCGCCAUCUGGGCUCCCCUCAACGCGACCGUAGACUCCAACCUGCCCGUCGCCCUCUUCAUACCAGGUGGCUCGUUCAAAAACGGCGGCGUCGACGUGCCCUACCAGCAACCCGCACCAUGGGUACAACGCACAAAGCGGCACAUCUUCGUCUCAGCCGGAUACCGCGUCAACAUCGCCGGCUUCCCCUGGGCCGCCGGCCUCGAAGACCAAAACGUCGGCAUCCUCGACGUCCGCGCCGCCCUCGAGUGGGUGUACGCCAACAUUAACUCCUUCGGCGGUGACCCCUCCCGCAUCACCCUCUGGGGCCACUCCGCCGGCGGCGUCGCCGUGGACCUCGCCGCGCACGCCUUCGCCUCCAACCCCCUCGCCGCCGGCCUCUUCCUCCAAUCCGGUACCGCCAUGGUCAACAUCAGCCACCCCGACCCGUCCCACCGCAACUUCACCUCCGUGGCGCGCACCGUCGGCUGCGACUUCCCCACCUCACCCCUCGCCGAGCUCGCCUGCAUGCGUCAAGUGCCCAUGACGCUCCUCCAAAACACCAUCGGCGCCUACCCCGACAACGGGUCCGCCUUCGCGCCCGUCUUCAAGCCCCUCCCGGACAACAAAAUCGUCUUCUUUAACUACACGCGCCUCGCCCAGCGGCCCGGCACCCCGCACACCCCACGCAUCCCCGUGCUGGUCAGCACGACGGCCAACGAGCAGGCCAGUUUGACGGACUACCCGCUGAAGAAUGUGACGGCGGGGCCGUGGCAGGUCAAGGUGGAUCGCGAGACGGUCAAUGUGUUUGUGUGUCUGGCGAGUAAUACCACGCAGGAGCGCGCCAUGGUGUCCGGGUCAGGGUCGGGGUCGGGGCCAGGGCGGUUGCUGACGUAUCGGUAUGAGUACGCGGGGAAUUUUAGUAGUGUUGGCCCGCUGCCGUGGAUGGGCGCGUUUCAUGGCAGUGAUGUACCCAUGUUGAUGGGGACGUUUGACACGGUGGGUGAGGGCAAGGAGCGGGUGACGGGGUUUGAGAGACGGGUGGCGGAGAGGAUGCAGGAUUAUUUGUUGGCGUUUAUGGAAGAUCCGGAGGAGGGGUUGAGGAAGGGGGGGUGGCUACCGUGGGGGGAGGUGGAGGGGAGUGAGGUGGGUGGGCGGAAUAUGAUGCGGUUUGGGAGCGGUGGCGUGGUGGCUAGGAAUAAGACCAAGAAUGCCGCGGCUCCCGCCCAGCGACUCUGGCCCACAACACCUUUGCAUUAUCACACCCCCGGGCCCAAGCUCUUCCUGGGGCCAUAUCAGACGCUACACGAAGCCCGAAAAGAACUUGUCGAGUACGGAAUUGCCCAAGGCUAUAUGCUCGUCGCGCGAGGGCACAUCAGGGACGGGACAAUCUUGGCUAAGAACAUGUUUGGGGCAGGCCGGACCCCAGCCAUACGAGUCAAUAUGGUGUGCCACCGCAGUGGCAUCCAGACCAGGACACAGAAGACCGGAGGUCCCGAACGGCCGGUAUUCGCACCGGUGCCAUCUCCCACGGACCAUCCGGUGGGAGCACCGCCGCCAGCUGCUUACCUGGCAGGGCUAUUGCAAACGGCCGCGUUCAAUGGGGAUACCAACAUGAUAAGGAUCUUGCUUGAUAUGGGAACAGUAGACAUCGAUUCGUCUGAUUCGACGGGGCGGACAGCGCUGCAUCUCGCCCUUGAGGGGUCCCGGACGAAUGCGUGUACAUUGCUCGUGGAACGCGGUGCUAACGUCUUCUGUAAGGCCUCGGGAGGGAUCACCCCGCUGGAUGUGGCGAUGGGAAGGGGGUUGGAGGAGGCCAUAGCACUUUUGACUGAAAAGGGGGCGGAUCUGGUCAUGUGA